AUGCCUCCUCAGCUAUUCUCGAACUUAUCUAAGCGUGCUUGCGCCUACCAUAUCACCGACUCGGGAGGCAAGCUUUACGAUUCGGAUGGAAAUGUCUGCGAGUCUCUGGGAGCAGAUGAUAAGAUAUUCUUGGCUAUCGCUCUAUCAAUAUGCGGUGUGGUUCUGCUUAUUUUAGGGGGCAUCUACUUACGACGUCUACAAAAGUCAAGAGCUCAAGAUAGAGCUAUGCAGAUAUCCUCGGAACCCAAAAUGUCAAGUAUGGGAACACCCCUCAUGAGACAUGCAGGCUCUUUCGCUUCAUUAUCAAGACAAGUUUCUCGCGCACCUCCUUCACCAUUAUCUUCCGAUUCCCAUUCCAGUCAAUUCAGUUCACCCAAUCCUGGAUCUCCUUAUUCUCCAAGUUCCGAAAAUUUCCAUUUCCCCAUUCUCUCGGCUGACGGUCAUCUCCUACCUCCUCCUCCUGCAUCCUCUCGAAAAUCACCCGUCGAACUCAAUUCCGUCGGCGUAGAUCGACCUCUCCCAGCGGCUCCUGCAUCCAUGGCAGCUCCGUUAUAUGCGCCCGUACCAAAGAGCUCUCAACGAUGGAGUUAUAGGACACCCUCGGAGGAUUCACAUGGAUAUCCUACUGGGUUAUACUCCGGUGUCGAGAUAAGAGGAGAUGGUACAGUAGAGGUCAUGAGAGAUGAUUUUGGGAUCGAAACCACCAAUGUCCGAUCUUCACCUACUAUCUCUCGUGUCGAUCAUUCUUUGGGUGGAUACGCCCCUCAACCUCAGCGGGCGACUUUCUAUCAAAGUCUUUCUGCUGAGGGAGAUGAUUACUCGGUGUAUGAUUAUGUAUCGGACGAAAGUCACAGGCGAUAUUGA